AUGGCAAUCCGCUCUUUAUAUACACUGCUCACUCUCGUCCUUUCUUUUAAUGUUAUCGCCCUUCAAGUGACACCAAACUCUCCUUGCUCCUCCGUGUGCUUAGACUCGUCAACGUUGGACAGGUCAGAUCCGAACUCAUCUAAUACCGAAUCAUCGGAUGUCGUAUGCGAGGAUGUGGCCUUGAACAACACGAGCACGGGUUCCAAAUGGAAGCAGUGUAUGACCUGCCUGCAAACCAGCACCUUUGAGCAAGGUUCAGAGAGUGACCAAUACUGGUUCAUCUACAAUCUCCGUUUUAGCUUUGAUCAAUGCGUAUAUGGGUUCCCUAAUGACACUGGCUCGGGAUCAAACCCAUGCGUGACUUCCACCGCCUGUGGCGCUUUGAGGUCUGGACUCGAGGACGGGGAUUUGAGCACAACAGGGUCGCAAUAUGGUUAUUGCGACGAUGGUUCUGUGACUGGGGAGUUCUACAAUGCGUGCCUCACCUGCGUGGGUUCUAGUGGCGAUACCCGCUACGUCGCAAAUGCCCUCGUCGCCUUGCAAGCCGGGUGCCUUCAAAGGCCAAAUGUCACAAGUAAACUAGGCCUCAGCGACUCGGUGUUUUCUCGCACGAUUGUUAAAAUCGUCGAUCCUUCCACGCAGGACGACUCCGCCGAUUCCGUGCAGCUCAGCACAGCAGCCAUCGCAGGCAUUGCAAUCGGCGCGGCUGUCCUCCUUCUCGUGGUCGCUGCCAUCAUCUUCAUCCGCAUCCGAAGACGCAAGAACCGCACAAAUCUCGGCAUCGAGCCCCGCUGGGGCAGGUCCAACAAGUCCCACAAGCGGAACUCGUCAUUCUCCUUCCACUGCCGCAAGAUCCUGGCCUCGCCUAUGUCUCCAAAGUUCUUCAAAGACGACCUUACUCCGGUGGAAGAAAACCAAGCCUACGGCUCACUGGAUGCGAUGACCCAGUCGCAGGUAUCAGCAGUCACUCCGUCUAAUGAAGCUCCAGCGGGAAGGUACUUCAUCGAGUCCAGGCAGCGUCCGUCAUAUGAACCCUCUUGGAGCCCCAAGGGCCCACCGCCAUCUUUCCACACCUUUGGUGCCCCAGCGAUGAUACCGGAGCAGCCUGACCGGCAACCCUCACUUUCAAUCCCGGAGAAGAAGGGCUUCUCGGAGAAGGCACCCCUGAGUAUCGACACCACGCUCGUCGCCCCACCACCAGCGCGCCAGUCGCCGCGGAACGACGUCUUCGCCGCGCUGAUCGCCUCGUCCCAGCCCGUCCCCCCAUCGCUGCCGCUACGGACCACGCCCUACGUGCCCUCCAGCCACGGAAGCAUCGCGUCGACCACCUCACCCCAGUCGUCCGGCGUCGGGGGCAACAAGGUCAGGCCCAAGGCCAGCACCACCACUAUGAGCAGUCAGGGCAGCGGCUACCCGAGCAUGGCGACGCCCUCCUCGGCCUCGCCGCUGAUGAGGCAGAAGCACGGCUGGCCCAGCCCCCGCGAGGCCGCGGACGCGUGCUGGUUCCCGCCGCCGCCGCCGCCGCCGUCUGGCCCGCCCCCCAGGUCGUCGCUGCCGGCGAGGAACGGGCGCAAGGGCGCCGGGGGGUCGGGCAAGAAGGGGAGGAGGGACAGUGGGAGCCCGGUGGAGACCCAGCAGAUACAAAUAUCGUUCCCUGCGCCGCCGCAGAGGUAG